UAAUUUUCCCAGUCCAACUGUUAACUGUUAAUAGUUUUAGUGUUAAGCUAAUAACAUUCUAGAACUGAUAAUGGUGGCCACUGGCCAGUUUUUGCAUGUUGAAAAAUUAUUUAAGCAAGUAGACACAUCAUUAACCAUUGAAUCAAAUAUUCUUUGGUCACACUUGUGUAUGAUUAAUCCUUUUAAUUGUUUGCUUAUAAUUUCGUGGGUACAUUGAAGCCAUAAGUGCAGUAUGAAUGAAGGAACUUGAAAAAAGGCUUCCACUCUCCAGGAUCAGUUUCUCAUUGAUACUUAUCCAACCGAAUUUUGCGGUUAAAAGAUUUGUGGUCGCCUCACGUGGCAAAUCUGAUUUCAAAGCCAACAUUCAUUUUGUUUGAAUUAGAAUUCUGCGUGAUUCACACACAGGCCGAAUAGAUUAUUAGCGUUUAAGUAGUUAAUGGUUUGAAUUGAGAGCAAGAAAAUGAAGUUAAUGCUUUGAAUGUAAACCCCGUAUCAUCGAUUCUCCCUAACUCAUUGUUUAUAUCGUUUUCUUGGUAGGUUUUGAAGGCUAUCCAUUUUAUCGUCUACCCAACUUUCUUCACUGCAAUUGGAACACAUUUGAACUUGAACAUUACAAUACCUUGUAAGCUAUGAUACUGAUAGGUUCUUGUUUUUCUUUUAGGUGGUUGUUGUCUGUUGAAAUUUUGUGCAUCUCCUAAUCCGGCAAGUUAAGGACUAAUCCGCUGUGAAUCAGAACUCCAUUCAAGGGUUUGCGCCGACCAAUGAAUUGCUGCAUACACAAGGCAUAAUUCGAAUCUCAAAUACCUGUUUAAACGGACGAGAAAGAAAAUAAACCAAAGAAUUAGAUAUAUAUUUUUUAAAUCCAUUAAUAUAUAUAAAAUUGUCCAUGUUUAUCAAAUUGAAAUGCUUAUUAAACAAGUUAAGUUCCCACUCACACUCUCCAAGUAAGAAACUUGUAUAAAAUGGAAACAAUGUAGAAAGUUGAGAGAAGAAUAAUAGCACCAUAUUUGUAACUCUUAAGCAUAAGCAAUGGCAAGUGCCUUUGUCCUCCUAACCUUGUUUAUGUUCACGGUAGUGAUGUCCAUGUCUCUGCCUAAGGCAACCGCCGUAGGCGACCAUCGCCUAAGGUUGGUGGCAAUGAGAGCAAGAAGUUGCCAAGGCUCCAUAGAAGAGUGCAUGGAAGAGGGUGAGUUGGUGGGGAUGGAGUCUUCAUCAUCGCACAGGCGCAUUCUAGCAACGUCGCAGUACAUAAGCUAUCAAGCGCUGCAGCGGAACACAGUACCAUGCUCUCAAAGAGGUGCUUCCUACUACAACUGCAAGCCAGGUGCAGAGGCUAAUCCUUAUACCCGUGGUUGCGCCACCAUCACUCGUUGCCGCAAUAGUUAGCACCAAUUUCUUGCAUCUUCUUAUGGACUCACCAUCAAGUUUCUUAUGUUAUUCCUAUGUGUACUUAUCAUUAUCAGGCUUUUUCUGUUCUAAUAUGUUUGUGCUUUUUCAUUUGAUAAAAUUUCCACCGGUGAUUUCCAUGGAAACAUGAAGCACAUAUCUACAUAUAAUAUUUUUGC